AUGGAGUAUCAUGUUAUCAUAAAAGCAUUUGGAUUUCUGCUUUUGAUUAUAAUUGGGAUCCCAGGAAACGUCUUCAUCUGUUUACAAUUUACUUAUAUAAGAAUAAUUGAAAAAAAACUCCUCCCCACCAACUUAAUAUUGACGGUUUUGUGUUUCUUCAAUUUCCUUGUUCUCUUUUCACGUGUAAUACCACAGUCCCUUUUUGCUUUAGGUGUUGAGAACUUGCUCAAUGACACAGAGUGCAAGCUUGUCAUAUACACGUACAGAGUAAGUCGAGCAAUGUCCAUAUGUGUCACCUGUUUGCUCAGCUGCCACCAGUCUAUUCUCAUUGCACCAAUGAAAUAUACCUGGAUUUACCUAAAGCAAAAAGUAACACAAAGAGCCAUGGUCAUAAUUGUAGCUUUUUGGAUCAUUAAUCUAGCUACAUAUCCUUUCUUCGUCCUGAAUGCCAAUGCUACGAGAAAUAUAACAACUUCAGAAUACACUCUUCACCUUGUCUACUGUGAAGCAGACUUCUUAAAUUAUAGAUCAUAUAUUAUGAAUGGAGUGUUUUAUGCCAUGCGGGAUUUUGUUUUUGUGGCUGCCAUGAUUCUGGCAAGCAGCUAUAUGGUAGGCAUUUUGCUUGACCAUGCAAGAAUUGUGAGAAGAAUGAUGAACUUGGAUGGACUCCAAAGGAGACUGAAACAUUAUAAAGCCUCAAGAGCUAUAAUCUUACUAGUUGCUCUAUAUGUUGUACUAUUUGGACUUGAUAAUUCACUAUGGAUCUACACAUUAACAUUGUCUGAUGUGAGUCCUGACAUGAAUGAUAUUCGGAUAUUCUUAGCCUCAUCAUAUGCCGCUCUAAGUCCAAUAGUAAUAAUAACUACCAACCCCAAACUUCAGAUUAGCUGGUUAUUUUCACAUAAACAUAAGCCAUAUCCAAUUUCUUUAGAAGGCAAUGGACACGUGAACUGCAUCGCAGAAUGGACACAGAGCAGUGGUUAA